CGUUUCAGCCGCAGAAGAAGAAGUUUGUCAGUCAGUUCGCUCAAUCCGCCCGCCGGUCCUUAGCAAGGUGUCUCCCAUUCCCCCGCCGUCAGACGCGGCGAGUCUGUCCCCAGUAGAAGCGCCCUCCGCCGCCGGGUUCUGCUACCAGACCUCCUCCCGGUGACACCAUCUGCCGCGAGCCGCCAUGGCGACGAGCGCGAAGCGAAAGCAGGAGGAGACUCACCUAAAGAUGCUCCGGGAAAUGACUAGCCUGCCCGCGAAUAGGAAAUGCUUCGACUGUGACCAGCGCGGCCCGACUUAUGUCAACAUGACAGUGGGCUCCUUCGUCUGCACGACCUGCUCCGGGAUCCUGCGAGGACUGAACCCCCCACACAGAGUGAAGUCCAUCUCUAUGACCACCUUCACGCAGCAGGAGAUCGAGUUCCUACAGAAACAUGGCAACGAGGUCUGUAAACACAUCUGGCUGGGCCUUUAUGACGACAGGACAUCGGUCGUUCCGGAUUUCCGAGAACCGCAAAAAGUAAAAGAGUUCCUUCAGGAAAAAUACGAGAAGAAAAGAUGGUACGUUCCCCCGGACCAGGCGCGGGCCGUGGCGAGCGCCCAGGCCUCCGUGUCCGGCUCCUCGGCGAGCAGCACCGGCAGCACCCCGGAGGUCCAGCCCCUGAAAACCCUGCAGCUUAACAAAACGCCGCUGCGGCAGGUAGGUAGGAACACGCUGAGGGUGGAGGUCCCGCCCACCAGCAGACGCCUCCUCACCUCCUCAGUCUCCAUGUUUCAGUCUCCGGGGAUCAGACGCUCCCAGCAUCACAGCGCCGCCCAGGAGAAGAAGUUCAACCUGCUCUCAGACCUGGGGGGGGACAUUUUUGCCGCUCCUCCAACUCAGGCUGCCCCCCACACCAACUUUGCCAAUUUUGCACAUUUUCCAAGCCAGUCAGCACCUCAGGGUAACUCAAACACCAACUUUGCCAACUUCAACGCAUUUGGAAACACUACAAUUUCAUCCCAUCUGAGCACAUCACCCCCAUCAUCAGGUGGAGGUGUGCCGAUUCCCUCCGUGUCCAGUGCCGUUCCAGCUCAGUCGCAGAAUGCAAAGUGCACAGAGGACCGCUACGCCGCGCUGGCCGAGUUAGACAACGAGCUGAGCUCCUCCGCCACCACAGCCAACAGCAGCGUGCCAGGGGCGGUUUUCGGACCCGUCCUCAGUUCUUCGCCCGCUCAGAGCCAACCUGUGAUGGCCAACAUGCAGCCUGGCUUUGGAGCAGUUCCAUCCACAAAUCCUUUUGUUGCUGCAGCAAUAGCCCCUGACAUGGCGUCCAACCCCUUCCAGACCAACAGCAGAGGUCCAGCUGCAGCCUCGUUCGGUACCGGCUCUAUGAGCAUGCCUUCCGGCUUUGGGAACGCCUCUUCCUACUGCCUCCCGACCAGUUUCAGCGGAAACUUCCAGCAGCAAUUCCCCGGCCAGGCCCCCAUUCCCUACUCUCAGCCUGGAGCCUAUCACCCUCAGUCCAAUGGGCCCGCCUUCCCGGUCUACGCUCAGAACAAGCCCUCCGUUACGCCCUUCGGGCAGCAAAUGGCUGUGCCCAGCGUGUCCAAUAACCCAUUUAUGACAGGAGCCCCAGCUGGACCCUUCCCCACUGGAGGUUCAUCCACCAACCCUUUCCUGUAGCACAGCCCUAGCCACCAGGGGGCAGCAUGCAGCAAACACUCAAACGCACCUGUUCCGUCACGUGAUUAGUAGCAUUACAUUUCUUUUUUUUAAAAUGGCUUCUAUUUUCUCCAUGAAAGAAGUUUACAACACUAUGAAGGAGUAUAAAGGAAUAUAUUGAGGACUAAGGGACAGGAUGGAGGGGGGGGGGGGGGGGGGGGCAUACUGUCUAAACUAUAUUCUGAUAUUAUCUGCUUUUUAUUUCACUUUUUUUGUUAUAACUGUAAGCUUUGUUCAUAUCACUAUUUGUAAUCGCAAACAAGUACAUAUAAUGUAUAAGGACUGAACUAACAAGGAGGCGUUUUCACAAACCUUGUGUUUUAAAAAGUAAAAAAAAAACAAUGAAAAGGGAAAAAAACGUCCCUAGACCAAUAGAUAGCUAAGAGUUUACAUUUUAACAGGGUCCCAUCCAGAUCUAUGGUUAGUAGAUGAGGCAGCCUUUUUUCAGAAGGGAUUUCUUUCUUUCAUUUAAGAUCUUUAGAUCGGCUCUAAGUUCGACAUUUCCGUUACUGUGGUUCCUGAAACACGACGGCGUUUUCUUUAGAAAUAAAAUAUAACAUG